UACUUGCCAUGUAUAACAACGAAAUGUAUGGUAGCAACGGUUUUUUUAUUGCAAGUAAGCUUAGAAUAUGACGACAGUCAACAGUUUUGUACAACCGGAGUAGUAUCGAAAUCUGCUUGGUUUAUUAUCAUAAUACUCUAAACUCUAACUCUAAAUGUACAAUGGAUCAAAUGAUGGCAGCACACAUUGAAAAUUCAAAGUUUGGAAUCCCAAGCUGGAGGAUUGAGCAGAAAUAUGAUAGUAAAGUCCUGAUAGGAAACUGGGCAGAAGAAAGACUCAAGUUUCCAGAUACAAAGUACAAGCACAAUUCAACAAAUCGGAUAGAUUUUAAAAGUUAUGGAGAAGUCCAUCCUGAUGUGACUGUUCGACGCAACGCUUUGUUGAAUAAUGAAGGACUGCCUGCUGAUAUGAUCUUCCGCCAUCAUGAUGAUGCAUACAAUAACAUGUUGAUAACAACUUAUGAUGAAAACUUUAAUGGUCGCUGGCGGGAGAAUAAUUUACCAGCAUUGAGGAAGUGGGAUAGUCAGACUCUAGGAUGGCUGCCUGAAAGAUCAGACUAUCCUCUCCGAGGUCCACCAACAAAUUUUGGGUUAAAACAAGAGAUUGAUGCUAGGAAUGAGGCUCGAAGAAAAGCAUGUAUUGAGCCAGAAUUUUCAACAACCUACACGUGCUCUUACAAAGAAAAACCAGUGGACGCCAUGAGAUUUACCCGUCAUGCCACACCCAAGUAUAUAUCUACUUCUUUACUUCCAUCUAAUAAAAUCAACAACAACCUGCUAUUGCGUGGAAAACCUGCUUUAAGAUUGCCAGAGAUUAUGCCUCAAGAGCUUACGCAGAUCUCUGUAUGAACCAAACAGUUGUCUAUCCACUAAUGAAAAUAUGCUACAUGUUAAGUUUGAAAACCCACAACUAUGUGUACUAACUUCUGAAAUAAAAAUAUUUGCCUAAUUACUUGUAGAUCUAUUAUUUAAAAGUAAAAGGGUUUCACUGAAGUGAAAAUCGUAUACGUUGGCUUGUACAUUUUUAUCUUUACUAGAUACUACUUAUUGUCCAUAUUUAACAAAGUAUGAUAUGUAGACAUAUAAUCUUCAAAGUAUAGGCUUGCCAAUUUUUUUAAAUGAAAAAAAAUACAAGUUACCAUAUUUUGUUAACAUUUCUUUAACAAACCAAUUUUUCAAAACCAACCUGGAUGGGUUUUUUUCUUUAUUUUAUUCAUUAAGUUUACACAGGUCACAUUAUCAUUAUAUAAAGUUUUUAAACUUUAUAAUUUUAAAAAAUUUAAACCAAUUACAAAUGAUUUUACAAUGGAUCGCUACAUCUAACGAGGAAUCUUUUUCUUUACAAAUGAUUUUAUUUUCUCAACUGUCUUACUGCUAUUUUAAAAAAUUGCAUAAAAUUACUUUUAAAAGUAUCAAUUUUAAAAUAUUUUCUUUACCGUUUGACAGUAUGUAUUUGAUAUAUAUAACUUUGAAAAAUGUUGUAGCUUGAUCUUUGUAAUAUACGUAUAUUAAAAGUAUUUUAAUAAAGG